AUGGCAUCCACCGCCGACCACCUCUCGGCCCAAGAGCUCGAGACUCUCUCCUCCAAGGCCAUCGCUGCCAAGGCCACUGCAUACUGUCCUUACUCAAAGUUCCGUGUAGGCGCAUGUAUUCUGACCCAGUCAGGCGAAUACGUCCAAGGCGCUAAUGUGGAAAAUGCCUCUUAUCCCGUUGGAACAUGCGCCGAGAGAGUAGCUUUUGGAAAUGCCAUUGUGGCCGGGCACCGGGAAUUUAAAGCCAUUGCAGUUGCCACUGAUAUCAAACCAGCCGCAUCGCCAUGUGGCAUGUGUAGACAGUUCAUGAGUGAAUUUACAACACCAUCAUUCCCCAUCUUUAUGUACGACGGCGAAGGAAACUAUUCUCUUACCACUAUGGGCGAGCUUCUUCCUCACUCAUUCGGCCCGAAGGAUUUCUCCCACUGA